AUGCAUUACCUUAAAGUCUUCGCACUCGCCACUUCCUUUUCUGUCUGCAGCAACGCAGCUAAUUCUUUCUUCGACGGCUCAUUUUCUGGAUUGUUUCCCGGAUUCUCAGACCUGAUUGGUGGUGGCGGCACUGGGGGUGGCCGACCGCCCUCCACUAACGCCAUUGACAACGCCCAGCAGUCAUGGCAACGAGACACUGGGAUUGUGUCCCAGUUCCUGUCUACGGCAACAUCCUUGCCCAGAAAUCAAGUUCAGGCCGCAGCGUCUAGGGCAUUGUCAGCGGAAAAAGACGAGUUGACACACAAGGAAGUCUUGGAUCGCAUGUUCCUCAAAGGUCCAAGACAGAAUAGGCUCGCCUCCAUUCGCCAGGCGCACAAUGCCCUCGAAACCCAAGGCAACUUUCAACUGGUCGUGGACGGGCUCGAUCAACUCGCUUCUCGCGGCGCACGCAUGUCACCACAGCAGAUGGAAAGAAAGAUCACGUCCAUUACCACUGGUAGAUGCCAGAAUGUUCUGCCAGCAAUUGAUGAUUAUUUUGCAGCGGCUGGAAACUUGGUUCAGUCAACGGGCACAAACUUGAAAGCUAUUCGACCAAAUAAUUGUUAA